AAAUAAACCCUCAGAUUCAGAUUCAGCUGCAGCGGCGUCACAGAAACCGUGAGUUGAAUCCUGCGUCAGAUCCUGCAGACCUCAGAUCAGUGGAGUUUUACUGAACGCUGAACCCUCUGAACAGGUCCAAAAAUGUCCACAAUGUCUGCUCUGCUGCCUCUGACAGGCUUCUUCUUCUUCUUCGUUUCCUCGGUGACCAGCUCCACGUCCCACGUGCUUUUGCCGGUGACCUGUAUGACCCGCGGCGCUGACCUGGCGGAGGACGGUCCGCUGGUCUUGUGUCCAGACUGUUCCCAGUAUCGGAUGUCGGUGUUCGGAACCGGAGUUUACGCCUCCGUGUCGUCGGUCUGCGGCGCCGCCAUCCACAGGGGAAUCUUCGGUCGGUCCGGUGGUACCGUCAGGGUCCACAAGCUGAAGGGACGUCACAGCUACAUGAGCUCCUACGCCCACGGCGUCCAAUCACAGGCCUUAUCUCAUUGGACCAGCUCCUUCAGCCUGUCCAAACCUGAGGACGUUCCCAUGGAGCUGACCAGUCACACCAGUACCACAGCCCUGCCUGCAGAAAGAAACCUCUGAAGAAAACCGUCAGUGAAGAAGGCCCUUCCAGGAGGAAACAAAGACUGUCAGUUGGACAUCGCCAUGGUGAUCGACAGCAGCAACAACAUCGGCAGGAGACGCUUCAACCUGCAGAAGAACUUCAUCACCAAACUGGCGGCCAUGUUGAAAGUGGGACCCACCGGACCCCACGUCGGCCUCGUACAGGCCAGUGGUUCACCACAGACUGAGUUCCUACUGACCAACUACACCCAACCCAAAGAGCUGCUGUUCGCCAUCAAGGAGGUGGCGUACCUGGGCGGAGACACAAACACAGGUAAAGCCAUCAUGCACACGGCCGAGACCUUCUACACCCAGGAGAACGGCGGGAGGCGGGGCCACCCCCGGGUCAUGGUGGUUUUGAUUGACGGCUGGCCCUCCGACGACCUAGAGCAGGCGGCCAUGUUGGCCCGAGAGUCCGGCAUCAACGUGUUCAUGGUGUCCGUGGCCAAACCGGCGCCCGAGGAGCUGGGAAUGGUCCGAGACAAGGACUUUGUCCAGAAGGCCGUUUGUAAAGACAACGCCCACUUCAGUUACUCCAUCCCCAGCUGGUUCAGCACCACCAAACACGUCAAACCGCUCACCCAGAGGCUCUGCUCAUUGGACGGCCUCCUCUGCAGUAAAACCUGUUAUAACUCGGUGAACAUCGGUUUCCUCAUCGACGGAUCCUCCAGCAUCGGAGACUCCAACUUCAGGAUGAUGCUCGACUUCCUGGCAGGAAUCGCCAGAAGCUUCGACAUCUCAGACAUCGGAGCUCGUAUCGGUGCGGUCCAGUUCACCUACGACCAGAGGCUGGAGUUCGGCCUGUUCGACCACCCCAGGAAGGAGGACACCAUCAACGCCCUGAGGAGGAUCAGCUACAUGAGCGGAGGGACGGCAACCGGCGCCGGCAUCACCUACGCCAUCCAGAACCUGUUCAGACGGACUGGACCGGGUCGGAACUUCCUCAUCAUCAUCACCGAUGGCCAAUCGUACGACGACGUCCAGCUUCCGGCUCUGGAAGGACAGAAGAAAGGCAUCACCAUCUUCUCUGUGGGUGUGGCCUGGGCUCCUCUGGAGGACCUGAAGGCCAUGGCAUCCGAACCCAAAGAAGGCCACACCUUCUUCACCAGAGACUUCAUCGGCCUCGCUGAGAUAGUCCCAGCGGUGGUCCGAGGGAUCUGCCGAGACUUCAACGACAAGAACUAACACAACAGACACACAAACACACAACGACGGCAAGGUGACAGACACACAACUACAGACACACAACCACACAGUGAUGACACAACCACGGAUGUAAGGACACACAACGACAGACACACAACUACCACAAUCUGAAAACCCACAAUCUGCACAGGCUUCCAUGACAACAACUAACAGACACACCUGCGUAUGACGACACAACUGCACACAGACAGACACACAACUACAUACACACAAUAAUAAACACACAAUCUGCAGAGACUUCAACAACAGACACACAACAACUGACACAACUACACACACUGAAACACAAACCAACACAUUCUGUAAAUACUGUCGGAUCCAACAUAUGAACACACACACAAACACACAUAUACACACACUUAAACACACAUACAAACACACACACACAAAGGCAGUUUCUAUUUAAUGAAGGAGUAGUUUAAUGAUCAGUAGAAAAUAAAAUAAACCUGAUGUCGAUAACGAAUCAUGAACAGAUUUAACUUAAAUCUGGUUUAAUUCAACAGACGAUAAAUAAAUAAAAGGAGACGUUAAAGAAAACAGAAAGUGUAAAUAUUAAGCCCCGCUUCGCCAAAGAUCUGGACAUUUGACACAUUUUACAAAAAAAACUAAAGGUAGAACUAAACCUGAGGACGUUUAUGUUUAUGUCCCAAACUUUUUACCGAAUUAUAAAAACAGUUUAUAAUGAUCAUAAAUGUUGUUACAGUUUAAUAGUUUCACAGAUGAGAGGGAUGUAAACGUGGUGUUAGCAUCUGUUAGCAUCUGUUAGCAUCUGGUCAUCAGGUGACCUGAGGCUGCGUCUUCCAUUGGCCAUGGGUCUGGAUAUGGACCUGGAUCUGGUCUGGGUCUGGAUAUGGACCUAGAUCUGGUCUGGGUCUAGGUCUGGUUUCUGGAUAGGGACCUGGAGCUGGAGCUGGAGCUGGAGCUGGAGCUGGAGCUGGAUCUGGUCUGGGUCUGGGUCUCCAUAUCCAGACCCAGACCUGGACCUGGAUCUGGAUCUGGUCCGGGUCUAGGUCUCUAUAUCCAGACCUGGACCUGGACCUGGACCUGGACCUGGACCUGGAUCUGCUUCUUGAAUAUUAAACUGUAAAAUCAUUUAAAUUCAUCAAUACAUUUUCAUUUCCUCCAUUAACGCGUCUUAAAAUGUUCUAAAAUUUGCUUCUUCAUUUAGUUUUUUCUUCAGCUUUAAUGGAUCAAAUGGUUUUUAAUGGAUUUAAAACAAAAACACUUAUUUCACAGCAUCUUAAACUUAUCUGUCAAUAAUAGAAACAAAUAAAAUAUUUAAAAAAUCAACAAAAAUACACUGAAAACCUUAAAUUAUCUCCAUCAGUUUCUCGUCUUUUUCUCAUUAUAACGACUCAUAAACAUGAAUAUUUCUGGGUUUGUUGUUUUUGUCGUUUUGUGAUUUUCCUGAUGUACAGUCUGUUCACUUUUAAUACUUUCACAUUUUUAUCAUUUCUUCUCUUUAUUUUAAGGCCGAUUUUGGAAACAUGUUUUAAUGAAUGAAUGAAUUGUGCCAAAUAACGCUUUGUAUUUUAUCAGUGUGCUUUAAUUUUAACCUGAAUCUGUUUAUUUCUGGCCUUUUUUUAAUUAAGUCUGUCAGUUUUAAUAAUCUGUCGGUUAAAAUAAUGGUUUAUUUUUGCCUUGAAUGAGUUUUAAUUUGAUCUACGCUUGCGGAAAGUUGAUAAAAACAAUAUUUGAUCAUGUGAAGAUCAUCAUCUGCUUGAGUUUAAUCUCAUUUUCUUCUUGAUAAAGAUUCUAUUAUGUUUAAAGACAUGUCAGUGGCUGUUUUUUUUUUUUUUUUUUUUUUUAUUUUAUUUUAGGGCCAAAAACAAUCAAAACAAUGUGAUUUUUUUAGGAAGAAAAACGACUAAUACUGAAUCUAAACCUGGUGAAUAAUUUGUAAAUGAUCAGAAUGCGUCGUUAAAUCAGCUUUAAAGGGUUGUUUUGUGUUUUUUUAUAAAAGAAAAAUCCUUGAAAACUCAGAUUUUCUGUCUUUUUGUAAUAAAACCUCUGAUGGGUUUGGUAUUAACUGUUGAUUCUGUCUUUUUCUGUAUUUAUUACCUGUUUUUUUCUUGUGUUUUCCAAUAAAAAACAGUUUUUUACAGUU